AUGGCACGAUCGUACGUAACCGUAUGGUUUGUUGCGUGGGUGUGCUGGUCGGCAGCCAUAAUCGUCGGUGCCAAGGUGAUGAAAUGCUGUCCCAGGGACAUGAUAUUGGCGAUCGACACGUUCUCGUGCACGGGCUUCGUGACAAAUGACCAGAAUCAGCGCGAGUCGUACACUUGGUCGUCGUCGGACGACUCGGCCGCGACAACCAUACCAGAAGACUUCGCGUUGUCCGUCUCUAACAGCAGCUCUAUACCAUGGUGGAUACCGCCCUACAUGGAGUUCCUGCAGGCCUCAAAUCUGUCGGACAAGUUCGAACCGGACGACGGGUCGUUCGACGUGGACGGCACCAUGCCUUGCGAAAUGGCCUCCCGCGAGAUGACCGUCAUCGACGACGACGUGGCAGUGCUGGACGACGGGCGGCUGGUAAUGUUCGGACAGGAAAACCGGUCGGCCGGCGCUUACGAGCGGCUGACGUUCACUAGCACCGAGUACUGCAUCGACCGCAUAUCACUGGCGGACAGCAUCACUCCGAACAACAAUAACAGCCACAAGACGACCACGUCGACGACGACCACCGCCGCUACGACGACCGCCAAGGACGGAAGCCGCUUGGGAAACUCGUCCACCGUCGCCCCCGAAACGCAUGUCACGUACACGUACGUGGCGCUGGUGUGCCGGCCGUGCACGAGGAUGACGUGCGUGCCGAAGUGCUGCGGCAAGGGUCUUAUGCUCGGGGUGUACCAGAAGCACAACAAGAGCGAAGUCGGGUGCCGGAAAAUGCAGUCCGUGGACAACGCCACCGCCGCCAUACAAAUGAAACUCGCCAACGGGACGGAACUGCGGCGUAAGGACCUCUACUUCUUCGGCUUAAAGCCGCCGAACUGCGGUUCCCGUGGCUGGUACCUGCUUGGUGCGGACACGAAAAAGGGAAGCGAGGACGCAAAAAAUCAGGAGACCGGGAUCCCGAAAAAGCAAGCGAGCUACGGUCUGCUGCCGGACGGCCGCGUGCAGGUGGACGGCGGCGUGUUGCCCAUCGAGCGCGACGACUACUGCGUGGACGCGAUGCAGGCCGGCACGAAGACGUCGCCGCCCACGUACACGGGUGUGAUGCUCGCCUGCCGACUGGCCGCCGGUGUCGCGGACGCCGCCGGACCGCUCAAGUUCCGCGAGAUACUGUACGGCACCUACUUCGUGGUCGGCACGAUUUUCCUGGCCGCCACGCUGCUCAUAUACGCUGUGCUGCCCGAGCUCCGCGUCACCGUCCACUCGGGCAACCUGAUGGCGCACACCGUCUGCUUGUUCGUGUCGUACGCCACGCUCGCAGCCACCACGCUCGUCCGCCGAAUGUUCAACAGUUGUGCAUGCGUCAUUGCCGGUUUCGUCAUACAAUUUUCAUUCCUUGCAGCUUUUUUCUGGCUAAACGUCAUGUGUGCGGAUAUUGCAUGGACAUUUAGUGGAUUCAGGCUACUUUUGUCUUCAAAUAAAAUUGAAAACGAAAAGAAAAAAUAUGUCAUUUAUUCAGCUUAUGCGUGGGGUUGUAGCAUUGGAAUCACAAUUUUAACAGCUUUGGCUGAAUUCACCAAAUUAUUUGGCGAUAGUAGUUAUAAACCAAAUUUUGGAAAUUACGAUUGCUGGUUUUCUAAUAAGUUAUCAGUCGGAGUAUUCUUUUAUUUACCAAUUGGAUUACUUCUGUCCACCAAUUUUAUACUGUUCUUAUUCACUGCUUUUAGAAUUGUGUUCAUCCGAAGGGGUACUUCUAAAGUAUUGAAUCGCCAACAUAACCACAAUGAUAUGAGGUUGUCGCUGUACUUAAAGCUGUUCUGCCUGAUGGGCGUGACGUUCGUUUUCGAAGUGAUCUCGUGGGCGGUCGAGGCGCCCGCUUACUACUGGUACGCUACGGACGCGAUCAACUCACUCCGCGGCGUGUUCGUGUUCUUCAUAUUCUGCUGGAAGCGUUCGGUGCUCAACUUGCUCCUGGCCAGGGCGCCCGAGCCGGCUCGCGAGCGGUUCGUCCGGGCUUUCGGCGUCCGCGAGCCCCACCGGUACCCGAGCUUCUCGUCGUCGUGCCAGCCCAACAACUUUGGCGCGGCCGUCAACACCAGCACGCGGACGCACAGCAGCGCCACGUCGUCUGCGCAGACGGCCAACGGAUUUCAGCUGUCGCAGUUCGGCAGCUCGGCGUCUUUUGCGGCCAUGGCGGCCAGGAGGAAUUCGUCGGGUCGACGGUGA